AUCAGUUUUAUCUGAGUGUUUUUUGUUUGUUUUUGUUUUUUGUGCAGACUGUCCGGCAUGGAUUCCCAUACCAGCCCACAGCUUUGGCCUUUGACCCUGUGCAGAAGAUUCUGGCCAUUGGUUCAAGAUCAGGUGGUGUACGAAUACUGGGCCGACCCGGGGUGGACUGCUACUGUCAACAUGAGAGCGGAGCCGCUGUUCUUCAACUUCAGUUUCUCAUUAAUGAGGGGGCACUGGUAACAGCCUGUGCAGACGACACACUACACUUGUGGAACCUCCGCCAGAGACGACCCGCUGUCUUGCAUUCACUCAAAUUCAACAGAGAGAGGAUCACCUUUUGCCACCUACCGUUUCAGAGUAAAUGGCUCUACGUGGGGACGGAGCGUGGAAACACUCAUAUUGUCAACAUAGAGUCCUUUAUUUUGUCUGGAUAUGUUAUCAUGUGGAACAAGGCCAUAGAACUAUCAACUAAAACCCAUCCAGGACCCGUUGUUCAUCUGAGUGACAGCCCGAAGGAUGAAGGCAAGUUACUUAUAGGAUUUGAAGGUGGAACCAUUGUGCAGUGGGACCUCCGGGCCAAGAAGGCUGACUUCAGAAUUUACUAUGAUGAGGCUAUCCAUUCAGUCAGUUGGCACCAUGAAGGGAAACAGUUUAUGUGCAGUCACUCUGAUGGGAGCCUAACACUAUGGAACCUCAGAAACACCACCAAGCCAUUCCAAGUCACCUUUCCUCAUGGAAAGAUACAGAAGGAUGGGAGAAAGGAGUCAUGCAAACCAAUAUUGAAAGUGGAGUACAAGACCUCAAGGAGCAGUGAGCCUUUUGUCAUCUUCUCUGGUGGUCUUUCAUAUGACAAGGCGGGACGACGACCAGCUUUAACCAUCAUGCACGGCAAGGCCAUCACCGUUUUAGAAAUGGACCACCCUAUUGUAGAAUUCAUGGUCCUCUGUGAGACGCCGUACAAUAAUGAAGUCCAGGAGCCUUAUGCUGUGGUGGUGCUCUUGGAGAAAGACUUGAUUGUGGUGGAUCUCACACAGAGCAACUAUCCUGUGUUUGAGAACCCAUAUCCCAUGGACAUCCACGAGUCUCCUGUAACCUGCACGGGUUAUUUUGCAGAUUGUCCACCAGACAUUAUCCCGAUUCUCUACUCAAUAGGAGCGAAACACAAGAAGACCGGCUACAGUCAAAAGGAGUGGCCAGUUGGUGGUGGAACAUGGACAUUAGGCUCCCACACUUAUUCAGAAAUCAUCAUCACAGGACAUGCUGAUGGGUCAAUAAAGUUUUGGGAUGCAUCUGCAUUCACGCUACAGAUGUUGUACAAGCUAAAGACCUCCAAAGUGUUCGAGAAGCCAAAGCCAGGUGAUGGUCGGGCUGCUGAGAUGGGGGAGGACGAUCCUUUUGCUGUCCAGAUGGUUAGCUGGUGCCCUCAUAGUCGCAUCUUCUGUGUGGUCGGCAUCUCGGCACACAUUAUUCUGUAUCGCUUCAGUAAAUAUGAAGCCAACACUCAGACAGUGUCCUUAGAAGUGCGUUUGCAGUGUGAACCGGAGGAUAUUAUUACUCCAUCUGAGAAUGAAAACAAUCCCUGCUUCUCAGAGCCCACAUCUCACUCACCCCAAACCCACUACCAACAUCCUGUUAGCCCUGGAAGCAGAACACCCGACGGAGCUAAAGACAGCGUCCCCUCUCUCAAAGUGAAGGAAAAAAUGGUUCGCGUCCCUCCUGGCUAUCAGUCAGACUUGGUCAUCCAGCUGCUGUGGGUAGACGGUGAGCCACCACAGCAAAUCACCAGCCUGGACAUCAAUUCUGCAUAUGGCUUGUUGGCGUUUGGGAAUUGUAACGGGCUUGCGGUGGUUGACUACUUACAAAAAACAGUUAUAUUGUGUAUUUCAACACUGGAUCUAUACGGAGCCACCGACCCCUACCAACGCCUUACCCGUUCCCCCCGUAGGAACCGGCAGUCCACCUCAGGUAGCACACAAAAGCAUAUCUGCCUUGCUACAUAA